AUUCAUUGAAAUGGCACAGUUAGUUUAUAUUUCCUGUGUCUUUAUUCAGGUUCUGCUACAUGUAGAACUUUAAUAGACAUCUUUAGCAUAUGAAUUCAUCUUAUUGUAGGAAAAUUUUACCAGGGGAUAAAGACGCCAGUUAAUGCUAUCUUUUAAUAAAGUAUGCAAAAUAUACUAUAAUAUAAACUAUAAUAAACAUCCCAUAUAUCAAAGUUUUCUCUCGUAAGAAAUCUUCAUUUAAAAAGUUUAUAAGCUUAUGAAGUGUAAAUGAGCUUGUACUCACAAUAAAACCGCAGUAAACUAAACGUUAUAAAUGUCAUUAUCUCAACAGCCGGGUAACAACGCAUAAACCACCCAAGCGAGCGUUAAAAGGGAACGGGGUAUCUCUAAUUGCACCUGUGCGACACAAGUAAAACAGCAAACAACGCUUAGACAAGAUAAUUGUUAAUGGGGCACUAUUUGAUUUUUUUUCGUUGAUAAAACGCGCUUUAAAUACAUCAUAGGAAUAUUGAUGGUUGAUAGCCGACUAAAUCAAUAGCUUGUUAAAAGUGUAUGUUGCAUUAGAAUAAAAUUGUAAAAUAUGCACUGUAAAAUUUUUGUAUUAUUCGGUGAUAAAGCGCACUAAAUAGAUAAAGGAAUAUAGAUGGAUAAAACACUUUGUCAACUAAAUUAAUACUUUGAAUUGAGAAAGUUGUAUGCAUUAUAUGGUGCAAUAUGGACAAUUAUUUUAGAUUUUUCAUCUGGACAGUUUUACAGAUGGCAUGCGGUCUCUCAGUGUCAGCGAAUAAUGAAUUGCUUGAUAAACGGCUGCUGUACUAUGAACCGUUACAUUACGAUAUAGACGACCUUCACCUUAGACACACUCAAGUCGGCAAAUCAGGAGACUUACUUCGGGUCAACUUUUAUGCUUUCAAUAAAAAUUUCUCACUCGAAUUGAGAAGGAAGGACAAAAUCGAUCAUCAAGCAUCAAUACUUCAUCAUAAAAAGGAAAUCACCACACCAGAUCUUUCAUUUGUUUACACGGGAAAAAGAUACAG